UUGAUAAACGAACCAAUCUCUUUUGACUUGUUUCUUAAUUCAUUUGUGUUUUCUUCCCUCCCUUGCUUGCAAAAGAAACAAAUCUCUCGUUGCUAGUGGUUGCCGGCAAGCUUCUCCUCUCCAUGGCAUGCAUCAACCUAAAUCUGGACAUUAACGUCAACCAUUGCCUGAGCGGGCUGUGGACAUCGCUAAGGCAGGGUAGGCCAAAGUCUGGCAUCGAGAAUUUGAAAAAGGAAAUGCAAAAUUUGAGCGACAAAAGGGACGACAUGAAGAGCUCAAUCGACCAGGCGGAGCUCGAGGGGAGAAUUCCGACCAAGCAAGUGAACCAGUGGCUGCUGGACAUGGAGACGUUGGAAGGCCAAGUGGCUGAUAUCGAGAAGGAUUUCCAAAGCAUGAGUUGCUUCAGUUUCCAUUGCUUCAAUCAAACUCGAACUGGCGGCAUGAGUCAAGCACAGCAAGCAGGAGAUCAGGUCCCUAUCAGAGAGCCAUCGAACUACUACUCCAUCAUCCGAAGAGUGUCGAAGAUGCUCGGCGAGGCUAAUAAAUUGAUGGACCGAGCUAAAGGUCUGGAUCCGAUUGCCAAAGUUCAGCCUCAGGAACCCAUCGUGAUGCUUCCGAUCUCAGACCAACCACCAAUUGGGAUUGAGUCGUAUGUUAAAGACAUUUCGAGCUGCAUUAAUGGUGGAGAAGGCAACGUCAUAGGCAUCUACGGAAUGGGUGGUGUCGGUAAGACCACCCUGUUGAACAGCAUCCAGCAACACUAUUAUCGUAAUCAAAGCAUAUUUGAUUGUUUCAUUUGGGUUGUGGCAUCCAAAGAUUGCAAAUUGAAAAAGCUUCAGAUGGAUAUUGCAAAGAGUCAAGGACUAAAGACACUGGAAGAGAGUGACGAAGAACAAACUUGUGGUAACAAGCUGUUUAUCUACUUGAAGAAAAGAAACUGCUUGCUGUUUCUCGAUGACAUUUGGGAACAUCUGGAUCUUCGAUUGUUGGGGAUGGCACACUCGGCUUCUAGGCAAGGCCAGCAGCGUAAAGUCGUGGUAUUCACAACUCGCAGCGAGACAGUGUGCACACAAAUGAAAGCACAAAAGAAGAUCAAAGUCAGAUGCCUGGAUCCAAAUCAAGCAUGGCAACUCUUUCUGGGGAAUAGCGACGUGGAUAUUCUCCGCUCAGAUAAAGAAAUCAACUCUUAUGCCAAACAACUUGCUAAAGAAUGUGCAGGUCUUCCUCGAGCUCUUAUCACCGUUGCCCAGGCCAUGUUAGGGAAUAAGCCUUUGGUUGUUUGGAAAGAUGCUCUUCAGCAAAUAACGAAUAACCAUGAGUGGACAACCAAUGGUCAUUCAGAAGAUUCACUCAUCAUGCAUAAAGCCCGGAAGCUAAGCUGCUACAUUUUAGAAAAUGACUUCAUGAUGAUGCAGGAGACUUUGGGUAAUUUUGCCAUUUAUAUUCGGAUUAUUUUAAUCUUUUGCAUUUUAGGAUUUUGA